AUGACUUUGCAAGACAUUCAAGAGCUGACUUCUGUUGUGGGCAAUAACGAUUCAGAGCUUUUGAAUGGAAAAGAAGCGAGUGAAUGUCAGAUAGCUGAUAAAGAUUCACAGUUGCAGGAAAAGGGACGCCCAUCGGAUGUGAAUGCACACGAGUCGGCCCAUGGACAAGUUUCGGGUGCAGCUGCUGGAGUCGAAACGGAAACGCAUCCUGCAAGCAGCACUGAAGAAGAGAGUAUUGCGUAUGUAAAGGAGGAAGAGGCAAAAACAAUUACCACACUGCGAGAGGACGAGACCACGGCACAGGGCAUCGAGGAAAUGACCCGCAAGGGCAACGAACAGGUGGGACAUCAGAACAUACAAACCGCUGGGCCCGAAGCCAUUCAAGAGAUGCAAUAUAAAGCACGGGAGAAUCGAGAUGAGGAAGUUGAAAACGCUUCUACGGGUGUACAGACUACUGUAGAAGAACCCAUUACAGAAGAUUUGCCAGAGAGCGGUCCAACUGCACAUAGUGGUGACAUCAGCAAUCAACCAGAUGAGAUCGAGAUCAAGAAUACGAACACGAACACGAAUGAGGAAGGUAUUGCAGAACAAGAAACGCUCAAACACAGUGAAGUUGGUAGUGAGAGUAUACCUCUGGUGCCCCAAGCCACGAGUCAAGAUCACCUCGAAAUUGCCGAGGAGCAGCUAGAACAGGCAGAGCAGGCAGAACAGGCAGAGCAGGCAGAACAGGCAGAACAACUAGAGGUGCUUUCGGACGAGGAAAUCGACGUCGACGAUAUUUCGAGCUCAAGUGAUGGCUCCAGUGACACCGAAGAUAGCCAAUCUGAAAGUGAAAGUGAUGAAAAACAAGAAGGUGUGGCCAAUGGGGAAAACGACAACGUUGACGACGAAGAGGACGAUGUCAUUGAUGGACCUAUCAAGUCCGUAAACGAAGUCGAGGAAAAGGCCCCCGUCUUGCCCGAAAACUAUAAAAUCCCCGAAAGUGCCCCCAUUGAGAUGAUUGGCGAAAUCACGGGCCUUGUGGAUAACGCAAUUAUAAUCCGGGCCAACACCUCGGGGAAAUUCCGAGUCUUGAAAGAAGGCUCGAUCUUCUGCUUUGAAGAUAAAACCGCCAUUGGACCAAUGUACGAAGUGUUUGGGAGAGUGCAGCAGCCCGUAUACAGUGUCAAAUUCAACACGAAGGAAGAGUUUGACAAGUUCAAAGACUGCAAAGGUAAACCUGUUUAUUACGUGGUUCCAGAUUCACAGUUUUUGUACACCGAUACCAUUAAAAAUGUAAAAGGCACUGAUGCCAGUAACUGCCACGAUGAAGAAUUGCCCGCCGAUGAACAAGAGUUUUCCGACGAUGAAAGCGAGCUUGCUGCUAAACAAGCAAAGAAGAAACGGAAGAACAAUGAAGGUAAAAGAGUCAACACCGAGAAGAAGAGCGAAGGGCGCCAUUUUGCUAAAAGACAGCAUGUUAUGGACUAUAAACCCAUAAACAACACGGCCCCGAGUUCGAGACGAUCAAACCCCAGGACGCAUGAAAGCCACACCGCUGCAUACAUCCCCAAUCCAGACCAGUACCAGUACCCACUGAGAAAUCACCAGGAUAUGCAUGCCCAGUACGCUCCGUACAAUUAUAACCAGCAGGCUGCACAGUAUGGCAUUCCGCAAAAUCCACAGACGUUUCAACCUCAUUCGUCGCCAGCAGGAUACCCCUAUGCUGCCAAUCAUCAUAUCAAUAGUGCUAAUAACAAUCAGUACCCUCAGUCAAACCCACCACCUCCUCCUCAGCAUGCCCCUUAUCCUUCGCAUCCUUACCAAAAUAUUGGCCAAAAUGCGUACCAACCAAUGAUGCCAGCAAACCCAUAUGAGCAACAGCAAAUUGCUCAACAACCUGGUCAAACUGCAGACCCAGCCCAGCUUGCCCAGUUGCAGUCUUUGCUCAUGCGACAGCUUCAAGAAUACCAAAACCAACCUUAUCAAUGGCCACCAAACGGAAGACCCAAUCAGUAA